CGCUGUCGUUAGGGAAAUAAACCUACUUUAAGUUAUAAGAUUUGUGGUAGCAACUACUUAAAACAACUGCAGAUUAAUUGCUUCAACCAACGCUCUAUUGUGUUUGUGUAGUAUUCAGUAUUGUCACUUCGGUUAUUCUUUGCGCCGUCGAGGUCGAAAAAGCGCCACACAAGUUCAGUAACCAAUUAAAAUCGUGGACUGACGCGCAACGCUACACCGCGCGCUGUGUUGCGUGUUGCGGUUAACGUGUCCACCGUCAGAUAGCAACGGCAUGAAAGCGAAAACGCGAAAGAACAAAGAUUUCCAUGUGUUACACGCUACAGCGCUUAGAAAAUCACCGACUGUUUGCACUUCAUUCGCCAUAUACGAAAACCAACAGACACACACAACGACACUGGCAGCGGCGUGUCGUGUGAAGGCAUGAGCUUGCAAGUUCAACAACGUUGUCGCUGCUGGCGCAACUUAAUUUGCUACAAAAACCACUUCGUCAUUACGUACGUCGACGUCAGCGCGCGUCGUGUCGCGUUAGCCGCCGUCGACGCUGAGCUUGAAGUUGUUGGACAACCUGUUCGAUGUUGGCGCGCAUUCGCAUUGAUCUAUUUAGUUUUGAUUUUUUUGCGCUUAUCAAGCCAAUCGUUGAAGAAGCUGACUGCCGAAGAGUAGGCAGCAAGCGUCGUCUAUUCACUACGAUUAUUAAAACCACAUACAACAGCCGAACGGCAAGCAUUCCAAGUUACGAUUCCUCGGCGUUAAGACGCGCGUUUCCGAGAACACGACGGUACACUGCAGACGGCGCAGACAACGGGCUCGCGGUUCUAACAAACACCAAACCUAAGCAAAGUGGCUAGAACGCGUUGGCAGCGUUAAGAGGCUUGAAAAGCCAUAUGAAAUCGGUUAAAUAAAAACUGGACUAGUGCAAAGUGCAAUAAAAAAUUUGAAAAGAACAAAAAAAAUAAUAAAAACAAAAAUUAUUAAGCAAGAACUGUAGAACUUUGAAACUUGUGUGCGCGCGUAGUCAUAAAAGUGUCGCGAAUUUAUUGAGCACAGCAUAAAAUAUGUGCAAUUUUUAAAUUUGCCCCAAAAUCUUAAAAAAGAAAUAUAAUAAAAUUGUGUGUGCGAAAAUGUUUUGCUUACUACAACCACGUCUGGUACUACCUGCGCUAGUUUGCCUGCUGUGCGCCUUUACUUGGGCGCAGGAGCGCAAUGUCAUACUUGAGGCCUUCGACUUUCUGCGUCGCGGGCAGAUAGACGCGAAUUUAGAAAACUACGACAAUAACCUGCAAAUGGAUAACGAAUAUGAUUUUAUUGUGGUAGGCGCAGGCACAGCGGGUUGUGCCAUAGCGGCGCGUCUGUCGGAGAACCCGAAAUGGAAAGUGUUGCUUCUGGAGGCCGGCGGUCCGGAGAGUCUUAUAAUGGACGUGCCCAUUGUGGCGCAUUUUCUACAGCUGGGCGAAAUGAAUUGGAAGUAUCGCACACAGCCCUCGGAUCGCGCUUGCUUGGCUAUGAACAAUAAUCGUUGCAAUUGGCCGCGCGGCAAGGUGAUGGGCGGCUCGUCCGUACUCAAUUAUAUGAUGUAUACGCGCGGCAAUCGACGCGACUACGAUCGCUGGGCAGAGCUGGGUAAUGUCGGCUGGAGUUGGCGUGAUGUGCUGCCUUAUUUCAAGAAAUAUGAAGGUUCUAAUGUGCCAGACGCUGAUGAGGAUUUGGUGGGACGCGAUGGUCCCGUGAAAGUGUCAUACGUGAAUUGGCGUUCAAAGAUUGCCGAGGCAUUUAUGGAAGCAGCGCAGCAGGAUGGUUUGGAACAUCGUGACUACAAUGGGCACAUACAAAAUGGCGUCAAUUAUUUGCAUACGACUACACGUAAUUCAACGCGUUGGAGUUCGAAUCGCGCCUAUUUGUAUCCGCUCAAGGGUAAACGCCGUAAUUUGCAUGUGAAGAAAUUCGCUUUAGUCACAAAAGUGCUCAUCGAUCCAACUACAAAAACCGCUUACGGCAUAAUUGUGCGCACCGACGGACACGAGCAUAAAAUACUCGCACGCCGUGAGGUAAUCGUUAGCGCUGGCGCCAUUAAUACACCGCAGCUGCUCAUGCUCUCCGGUGUUGGACCUGCUGAGCAUUUACGUGAAGUAGGCAUUAAACCGAUUGUGGACUUAGCCGUCGGGUUUAAUCUGCAAGAUCAUACCGCACCUGCAGUCACGUUCACCACCAAUGCGACAUCGUUGCACUUCGAAGAUUUUGCCGAUCCAACGCUGGUGAAUCGCUUCAAUCGGCAAGAAGGUCCUUACGGCUCACCCGGCGGCUGCGAGGCUAUGGCUUUCUGGGACUUGGAUCAUCCGCAACUGAAAGAUGGCUGGCCAGAUAUUGAACUGUUCUUGGUAGGCGGUUCGAUGUCUUCCAAUCCGGCAAUAUCACGUGCCUUUGGUCUAAAAAAACUCAUCUACGACUCCAUGUUUGCGGAAAUCGAAGACAAAGAACUCAAUGCAUUCAUGAUAUUCCCCAUGAUAUUGCGUCCCAAAAGUCGUGGACGCAUCAUGCUCAAGAGCACCGAUCCGCAGAAAUAUCCACUGAUCUACUCCAACUACUACGCGCAUCCGUAUGACGUCGACAUCUCCGUGCGUGGCGUGCAGAAGGCGAUCAGUUUGGUCAACUAUCCGGGCUUCAAGAAGAUCAAUGCUAAAGUGUGGAACCGCAGAAUACCCACAUGUAAGGGUAUCGAGUUCGGCACCCGUGACUAUUGGGAGUGUCAUGUACGCCAUUUCACUUUCACCAUUUACCACUACUCAGGCACAGCGAAAAUGGGCCCGGCUACCGAUCCAGCGGCUGUGGUGGAUCCGCGUCUGCGUGUCUAUGGCAUAAAGAAUCUGCGUGUGGCCGAUGCGAGCAUCAUGCCAGAAAUCAUGUCUGGCCAUCCGAAUGGACCGGUCUUCAUGAUAGCCGAGAAGGCGGCGGAUAUGAUCAAGGAGGAUCACGGCUUCAAGCAGUGACGCAACGCAAAUGUUGGAGUACUUUUAAGUGGAACAUAAACUGUAUUUAUAUGCCAAGCUUUCCAAAGGGAGACUACAGUAACUUGUAAGACAGGGUGGGGGCACUUGCUAACUCGUAGCCAGCAGUUAAUGUAAAUAAAUCGAAUUAAGUUUUUAGUCUUAAGUGUGAAAAAUUUGUUGCCAGAUAAGUUAAAACCAUGAGUUUAAAUAUUUAGUUUAUUAUUGAGAGCAUCAAUGAAGCAUUCUAAGUCUAAAUAUUUACUGUUACUUUUAGUUAAAUAAGAAAGUCAGUGCACUGAAAAUUAAUCUGUAAGUUUUAAAGUGUAAAUAAUAAAUAUGUUUGUAAGCGUGUGUGUA